AUGCGUCGCAAGUUUGAGCCCUUACCCCAGCCACUGGUCCUCUACGACAUCUCAUCACCCCAUACGCCAUCCUCAUACGCGCCAAACCCCUCCAAGUCCCGCUUCGCCCUCUUGUUCAAGCGGCUUUCCUUUCGCAUUGAAUGGACCGACAUCCUUGAAAUCCCACGAGUUCGCAAAUCUGUUGGUUUGCGCGCCGGACGGAAGCUCGACGACGGCAGCGACUUCUACACCCUCCCGAUCCUGCGCAAUCCUAACACCGGAGUGGUCAUCGGUGACUCCUUCGACAUCGCGCUGUACCUCGAUAAAUACUGGUCUGGUCGCGAUCCGCUUUUCCCAGAGGACUCAACGCUCAAUGGCCUGGACUACCAAACUCCCUACAAACACACUGCAUUCUACGCUCCCCUCACCGACCUCGCGGAUCGAGAGCAAGCCGCAUACGCGCGGUUCAACACAGAAGUCGACACUACCUUCAGCUGCAAUCUUCGGCUCUUCGCCUACAACUUGCCAACCAAUCCCGAGACUGACGCAGAAGUCAAAGCACUCUUCGCCAAGCGAGCUCACCUGCCGAGCUGGGAAGUCUUGAAGAUCACUGAUCCAGAGGCGAGGAAGAAGGGCAUGCAGGAGUUCGAGGAAGGGGUGAGGACACUGGCGGAGUGCUAUCUGAGAAACGGAGGAAAGGGUCCGUUCUUGGAGGGAGAAACGGCCACUUAUGCUGAUCUGAUCGUUGGAGGCUGGCUGAACAUGUUCAGUAAGAUCAUGCCGACGGCGGAGUGGGAAGAAUUCAAAGGGUUCCACGGCGGCGUAUUCGGGAAGCUGUUCGGCGUGCUCAUUGACGGACAGUGGACAAAGCAAGGACCAGCUCCUGGUACUUCUGAGCCCUGGGUCCCGACCUGA